AUUUAAUAAUAAAAACUAUAUUUCACGUUUACUUGAUAUUAUUGAAAUUAUAUUGCCAGUAUUGAACUUUCAUUACUGUUGCAGUAAUAAUCACCAUUAAAAAUGCGUUUCUAUUUUUGUUUUGGAAUUUCACUUUGUUUUAUUUGUUUAAUUAUCAUACCAAAGUUUUCAUUCGGAGUGCCAUGCACGGAUGGAGAAUCUUCUAACAAUGAGAAAAUGGCUGAAAACAAAAUAAGCAUUAUAUUUGUAAAUUGUAUUGGAUCAGAUAUUCAUUUAUGGAAGAAGAAACCUAAUGACAUAGAUUAUGAAUGGCAGACAUGUAUUCAAUACGAAGAGCCAGAAUAUCAAAUAGAUGAACAAUCCGAUAUAAAUUCAUUGUGGAAGUUUUAUGACCAUAUAACAAAACGUUAUCUACAUGGGAAUGGUAAAAAUAUAUUUCAAUGUGAUAAAACUCAGAGUUUUCCAAUACGUGUUGAAAUUAAAACUCCUUUAUAUAGUCUGAAAGAACUUUGUAUGUAUACUGUUGCAACUAGAAUUUUAGUCAAUAAUUGUGAAGAUGCAAUUGAUGACAUAGAAAUUCCAGAAGAAUUGAAAAAAGAACUAAAGUACUAUGUAAAACAUUUAGAACUAAUGUAUGAGCAAGAUGGGGAUUGUUGUAUUUAUGAUUGGACAAUACAUCAUGAGGAUAAUUACAAUGAAAAAUUGAAUAAAUAAGUCUACAAAAGAAAAAAUGGUCACCUAAAUACCUAAAUUAAUAUUUUUUUUUAUAAUGAGUAUGAAUUAUUUAAGAUUUUUCAUUGUAAAUAUUCUAUAAUAAUUAUUGUUAUGAAGAUUAUAUUCUUUAAUUUUAUCCAUUAAAUG